AUGUCAACAAAUGUUAGGGUGUUGUGGACGCCCACACUGCAGGAUAAGCUCCUGGAAAUAGUCUUCUUUAACGAUGCAGCCGACUUAUCAUCGCCUGCGUUCUACCGCUUUGUGGCGAGCAACAUCUCAAACGCCACCGGCACGUUGGUGAGUGCGGCCGAUGUGAAGAUCAAGCUCGCCAAUCUUGCCUCGGAGCACUCACCAAGCUCAUCGCAGAUAUUUGCACCGCUCAGUACUCCCUUGAGAGCACCGCCUCCACUCAAGACUGAGGAUGGAAUUGAUAUCCGAGCCCUUCGUGACCGUCUCUCCUCGAAAAUGAUGUCACCAUCUCCACCUUCUUCUACAGCUUUCAAGCGCAAGAGAGCACCCACCUUGAACCCAUCCAAGGCCGAACAGUCAUCUGUUCUAUCUCAGCCCUCGGAUCCGUCCUUUUUCGCCCCAAAGAAUAAGAAGUCAUGCAAUUCGAAGGGCAUCAAGGAGGAAGAAUCGGCAACGGCGAGAUGGGAGGCCCUUGGAUUGUGGAGCAGUCGAUAG